CCUAUUAAUUCCUCAGCUAUAAUCUGACAGUCUUUUGGUUUCUAUUCUUCAGGUAUAGAAUCACAGGAAUCCAUAACAGAUACAGUAGAUGAAUAUGAAGCAGAAAACACUUCGUUGGUUGUAUUCAAGGAACGAUGAAACUGGGGAAGAGUUGCAUGCCCUUCUAAGUUUCCAUGAUGAAGAUUGUAACUGGGGAAUUCUGGGAGUUGAAAUCCACAAUCUUAAAAUUGCUGAGAAUAAUGCACCUCAAGUAGCAAUUACUGCACCAGGUACCGGUAACCAUAGAAACAGUUCAACAGGCCCAACACCUGACUGCUCUCCACCAUCACCAGAUACCGCACUGAAAAAUAUAGUAAAAGUUAUACGACCUCAGGCCAAGCAACGUACAUCAAUAGUAUCAGCUUUUGAAUUUAAUCGAUUAAAUCAGAGCCACGACUAUUUUGAAAUCAAUUCCUCUGUAAGAUACGCAAGCUUUAAUUCCAGCUCUCCAGUUAGUCCAGCCAACUGCUCCACUGUGUCUGUUGAGGACAGCAUUGAAGAAAAUAACAUACCAGGAACCCAGCAAACAUCCAUUGACAGCGAUCAUCUAGAAGCACACCCUUUUGAGCAGUUUGCUGGCCUUCUUCAUGGAUCAUCACCUGCUUGUGACCCACCAGAAAAUCCACUUCAGCUUUACAGAAAAAUUUGUCCAAAGGAUGAUUUGAAUCAGAAAAUUAGUUUGAACCUCACUAUUUUGAAUCCACAACAUUCUCUGCAAGAAAAUAACACUGUUCUUCUGGUUAAAAAGAAAAAACCACCAAUUUUAAAUAGAACUAUAUUCCCUUCUAAAAACAUUCUAGGAGAAGCUAACACCUUGACUGGUAUCACAAGAACUGGAGAUCAGUGGGUAGUUAAUGCUGCAGGAAUUAUAGAACGUGCUUGCACACUUGGACGAAUACGAUCUUUGCCAAAGACACUUCUUGACAUUCAUUUAUCCAAAUACAUUUCCAAAUCAGAUUCAAAUCUUGUUUCUUAUCCAUCUAAUGAUCACAAAGCAAGACAGAAUUGGAAUGAAUCUUCAGCUAUCCAAGAAACCUCUAGAAGAAAUUCUGAAAGAACACCAUCAUUUACUUCAGAAUGGGAAGAAAUUGAUAAAAUAAUGAGUUCCAUUGAUGCUGGUAUAACUACUGGACUUGAAGAGAUUAGUGAUGGUAUUGCAACACCCAGAUGCCCUGUCCAGACUGUGGGACAAUGGUUGGAAAAUAUUGGGCUACCUCAGUAUGAAAACCACUUGCUGGCCAAUGGAUUUGACAAUGUACAGUUUAUGGGAAGCAAUGUUAUGGAGGAUCAGGAUCUCUUGGAAAUUGGAAUACUUAAUUCUGGACACAGGCAAAGAAUUCUACAGGCAAUUCAGCUUCUUCCAAAGAUGAAACAGACAGGCAGUGAUGGCUACAACCCCACCUCUGUAGCAGAAUGGCUAGAUUCUCUAGAACUGGGAGAUUAUAUCAAGCCCUUUUUGAUAAAUGGCUAUACAUCAAUGGACCUUGUAAAGAAAAUAUGGGAUAUUGAAUUAAUUAACAUUUUAAAAAUCAGCUUGCUUGGCCAUAGAAAACGCAUUUUGGCCUCAUUGGGAGACAGACUUCACGAAGACCCACCUCAGAAACCACCACGUUCUAUCACCCUCAGGGAACCCAGUGGUAAUCACACUCCUCCCCAGUUGUCUCCUUCGCUCAGCCAAAGUACUUAUACUACUGGUGGUUCCCUGGAUAUACCACACAUUAUCAUGCAGGGAGAUGCAAGGAGAAGAAGAAAUGACAGCUAUUUUGACGAUAUUCCUCGGUCAAAACUGGAAAGACAAAUGGCUCAGUCGUCUGUCUGUGAAAUAUGGACCAACCAGAAUGCAGGAUAUCCUUACUCAGCAGUUCAUCAGGUUCAUAAUACUGGAGACUGGGGUGAACCAUCGAUUACAUUGAGGCCUCCUAAUGAAGCUACAGGAUCAACACCAGUACAAUACUGGCAGCAUCAUCCAGAGAAACUCAUUUUCCAGUCAUGUGAUUACAAAGCAUUUUAUUUAGGUUCUAUGCUGGUAAAAGAAUUAAGAGGUACAGAAUCUACACAAGAUGCCUGUGCAAAGAUGAGGAAGUCUACCGAACAAAUGAAGAAAGUUCCUACUAUUGUUCUAUCUGUCUCUUACAAAGGAGUAAAAUUUAUUGAUGCAACAAAUAAGAAUAUUAUUGCUGAACAUGAGAUUCGUAACAUUUCCUGUGCUGCACAAGACCCCGAGGACCUCUCAACAUUUGCUUAUAUUACAAAAGACUUGAAGACAAAUCACCAUUACUGUCAUGUGUUCACAGCCUUUGAUGUGAAUUUAGCCUAUGAAAUAAUCCUCACAUUGGGACAGGCAUUUGAAGUAGCUUAUCAACUGGCACUUCAGGCUCGAAAAGGAGGCCAUUCUUCAACACUUCCCGAAAGCUUUGAUAAUAAACCUACCAAGCCAAUCCCAAAACCACGUGUUAGCAUCCGAAAAUCUGUGCAGAUAGAUCCCACUGAACAAAAGACUCUUGCCAAUCUACCAUGGAUUGUAGAACCAGGACAAGAAGCUAAAAGAGGAAUUAAUACCAAGUAUGAAACCACAAUUUUCUGAUAAUGAACUGUUCAUCAUUUCUUGUUGUGCCUUGCACUCAAAGCAGUCACAGCACAGCCUUUCCAUGAUAAGCAACUCUUCAAUCUAACAGAGAGGAAGACUGCACUGAGUGGCCUUGAAACUAGCAAAAACAUAAAUAUAUAUAAAUAAAUAUAUAUAUAAAUAUAAAGGCUGCUGGUCAUUUCUGGUGAUUGUUCUUCCUGCAGCGUUGACAGAAGAAUGACAUGGGAUGAAGACUUUUCAAAGAGCCCCCAAGAGAAGUGGGGGAUAGUUUUCGUGCACGCAAUUUUUUUAGGACUUUGCCACAGUGCUUUCUUUGAUUUCAUAUUUUAAUGUUCUACUUUUACAAAGGUCUCUAACAUUAAUGCUGCUUAGUAAUACAAUGUUCAGUUAUAGUUGGGUUUCUUAUUUGGCAAAUUGAACAUUGAAAUAGACCCAGAUUAUUUAAUACAAUAUUUGAGAAAUUAUGAAAAUCCUAUAUAAUUUUUGUUUUAAUAUGUUUAAAAAAUAAUAGCAAGUUAUUAAUUUCCUUCAUUUGUUAGUUGCUGUUUUUUGUAAACUACAUGCCAUUUAAUCAUCUGGAGAAAAGAGAUUCUAUAUAGCAGUGUGUUAAGAUUGAUAAAUGGUUUUAAGAAGAGGAAUUAAUAAUAAUGCAUGAAAAUGCACCUUGUAUUAAAUAUUUUUGUGUGACAGAGGAAAAAUUAUAUGAAAAAGUGUGAAUAUUUAUGAUAAAGAAAAUCAUUAAUUAUGAAGAGAAUUUGGAUUUAAUUUGAAGUUAAACUGCUGCUGUACUGUUUGCAACAGUGGUAACAGUGGUGUCAUCUAUAAACUGGAUGCUUUGUACUUUGGAAGAGUAAAAUAAAAGCUGCCCAGCAAUUGCACUAAGGUACAUGCAACUGUACACAGUUUUUCAAGUUAUUAUAGCCAUGCAUUUAAGCUUAUCAAUGUUUCAAAGAUGGUUUUAAUCCAACUGGAAUUUUUAUUAAAUUUUCUGUCGCAGCUGAUUUUAAUGAAAAAGUUCAAUUCAAAAGAUUUUUUUCCUAAAUAAAGUUAAAAAAAAUCCAAAGUAAUACAUUGUUUCCACAAAAUAACCUGUUGAGCACUGGCUUAACAUGAAAUUUAAUGAGAUUUGCUUACAGUUUUGUUUCAAGUAUUUUAAUUUUUUAAUGUCUUCGUGGAGUAUUUGUACAAUAACAUUUAUGUAUAUUUCAGUGGAACUGAAUAAAUUAACAGUAAAAAUAUUGAUCAUAGGCGAAAAACAGCAUUUUAAAUGUAUAUUCUAUCCAGUCAAAUUGUGAAUCAUUUUGGACAUCAUUAUAGAGAUAUUUAUGAAUAGUGUGGUUGACUUCAAUGUUUUUUAUUAUUCUUUCCUAUCUAACUGAAAAUUCAGUUACACUCAAUGGAAUUUUUAGCAAAAUUGAUAAUGAAACUCGAUUUAAAACUGAAAAUUGUAUAUGGUUUAGUUGAUCCUAACAUAGCGCUGGAUGACAAAAAAACCUUUUAAUACAAUAUACUUGAACCAAUUAGUUCCUUGUAUAUAUUUUGCCUAUCAUUGUUGAUAUGUAUGUAGUAGGCUGAUAUUAAACAUUGAAAAUAGUACCCAAAGGAACAUUGUAUAGGAACAAGCAAAUAGUAGCCUCACUGCAACAAAUUCUUCUCUGUAAAUAUGCUUGGGCUUCCAGUUAUAAAUUUUGUAAUUUUGGUCAUUAUUUAUAUCCUUCAAAAGCACACAAAUUAAUAAAUUGAAAUUGUACAGUCAGCACUGGCUUUUUCACAAUUUAGUAAGGAUAAUAUUAAACAUCAGGCAUUCUGAAAUGACAAGGAGUAUGGAAAACAUAAUGGUCUAAUGGCCAGUGUAAUCUGAAAUUCAUAUUGUCUACUUUUAGUGCAAUAUGAUAAAAAACUAACAGUAAAAAGAGGCUUUUGUUUUUAGGAAUUUAUUCCGUUUCAGUAAAAAGCAAUGGAAGGACAUAAGUUAAAAUGGAAGAAGGAAUAAAGCUAGAAUAUGGCCUAUAUGUAUUUCUUUGGUUCACUUUUGAAGUAAAGUUAAUGAAAAAAUAUAUAGAUUUGGGAACAUAUUUCAAAUACAGGUAGUCCUCAACCUAUGACUAUUUGUUCAGCAACAUUCAAAGUUAUAACGGUGCUAGACAAAGGCGCUAGCUCUCCCAGCAUCUGCAUGGUCACAUCAUGAUCUAGUCUUUGGUAAUUGGUUUAUACUUGUGAACCAGGUUCCAACACCUGUAAUUACAAGUGCCUUUUAUUGUCAGCUUCCCCACAAACUUAGUUGGGAAGCUGACAGGAAAGGUUGCCUGUUGCUGGGUUAGUCUGCUCCACCUCUGCACUCUCCCCCAGUCCUUAUGGACUUCUGCCACGCCAGC